AUGGACAGAAAAUACCCAUUGGAAUCACUUAUUUUAUCAAGAUCCUAUGAAGGAUCCACAAAGAUCAAUGAACUCCUGGAACAACGUUACCUAACAAACGAUAAACCAACAUUACUUUUAAGACCAACAGAAGGUGAAAAAGAGAAACAACAAACAUUAUUAACAAAACUACGUCAAUCUAAGACUCAAUAUCAAAAUGAACGUAAAAAGGAUCAAACUAAAGUUGUAUUCAAGAAAUAUAUAAGGAAAUGUAUAAAAUUACAAAAAACUUUGAAAACUAAGAUUACAAAAUUUCAAAUUAAUGAUGUUUCAACACUUAAAGAAUUCCAGGAAAUCCCACAUAUUGAAGAAUUUUAUAAAUUAAAUGAAUUAUGGAUUGGUUAUAUCCAAGAUAUCUUACAAUUAGAUUUGGUUUCCAAAAAACCUAUUCAAAUUCCACAAGUUUUAGUUAAAUUAUCAUCUGCAGAUUUUAAUGGAUGUUUUAUACGAGUUUUGAAAAGUAAAAAUUCUGAUAUUAUAGGUAAGAAUGGGAUUAUUAUUUAUGAUGCCAAAAAUUUCUUUAUUAUUGUGGAACCAAAAGAUGAAAAGGAUCCAAAAUCUAUUGGUGGAUUGAAAAUGAUUGAGAAAAAAGGUACAGUUUUCAGUUUUGUUAUUCCGUUAUAUGAUUUAAAUCAAGAAGAAGUUGAAGAUAAUGAUGAUAAUUACUUAGAAUUUUCAAUUAUUGGAUCAAGAUUCCAAUAUAGAGCACCUGAUAGAUCUGGUAGAAAAUUUAAAUCUAAAAAUGUUGAUGAUUUAUGA